CCUUCCUUUCGUGGCAAUGGUUUGAUCCGGACUUCCUCCGGUUUGGGGUAGCGUCGAGAGGUCACGGGGAGGUUGCCGUUUGUUUCAGAAGAGUAACUAAUUGCAGACUAUGGCGUAUUCUGGUCCCGGAGGAGGCUAUUUCCAGGGCGGGUAUGGAAGUGCUCCAGGUGGACCAGCAUUUCCUGGUCAGGCUCAAGAUCCAUUAUAUGGUUAUUUUGCUGCAGUAGCUGGGCAGGAUGGGCAAAUAGAUGCUGAUGAGCUACAAAAAUGUCUGACUCAGUCAGGAAUUGCUGGUACCUAUAAACCCUUUAAUUUAGAAACUUGCAGACUCAUGAUCUCCAUGCUUGAUAGAGACAUGUCUGGCACAAUGGGCUUCAAUGAAUUUAAAGAACUUUGGGCUAUACUGAAUGGUUGGAGGCAACAUUUUAUGAAUGUUGAUGCAGACCGCAGUGGAACAGUUGAUUCUCAGGAGCUACAAAAAGCAUUGUUGUCCAUGGGAUUUAGAUUGAGUCCACAGGCCAUCAAUGGAAUUGUGAAACGAUACAGCUGUCGUGGAAAGAUCAGUUUUGAUGACUAUAUAGCCUGCUGUGUAAAACUCAGAGCUCUUACUGAUAGUUUUCGAAGAAGGGAUGCAACCCAGCAAGGGAUGGUGAAUUUCCAGUACGAUGAUUUCAUUCAGUGUGUCAUGAGCAUCUAACUCAAGAGUGAAGACAGACAAAUGAGCAUGGAUCUACAUUCUACAUCACUUUGCUUUGCGCCAAACCAAUAUGCUGUGUAACUAAAUUGUGAUAUUUGCAUAUUUUAUAAAUAUUAAUCAAUAUGCUUUUAUAAUUUUUAUAACUAAUGAAAGAAGGAAAUACAAUAAAUGUUGUUUGAGUGGAUCUGCCUUAUAUAUUUAUAAUUUGCAUAAGGAGAAAAGGAAACAAAUUAUUCAUGUUUACAUUUAAUUUUUCUGUUAUCAUGUAAAGGUGAUCACAUUGGAACAUGUCUUGUUAUCAGUACUAGCUAGGAAGUUAAAAUAAGAAUGUAUUGAAAUGAAUUCAUAAAAUGUGAUAGGUUUAUUUCUAGGAAGUUUUUUUAAAACUCAGAAUAAACUAAAAGUUUGUCACUUUCUAAGUAGUAAGCAAAAGAUUUGUCUAAGUGUUCAGUUGGCUGUCUUAAUAUUUUACUCUGGUGUUUAUUUCAUAGAAUCUGCUCAACUGGGAGCUGAUUUAGUUCCAUUUGCUAUUUUAGUUUAGUUUUUUAUUUUACCCAUUUAGAUGGUUUUCCACCUCACUACCGUGACUCGCUCCUGCUGUAUCACAUAUCUGCAUGCAAUGGAAUUUUGGGGGGGUCAGGAAAAGAAUGAUUGCCUACAUUACAUUUUUUUUUUUGAAACACAAGUGCUCCCAUCUAGUGGUAUUAAAGUUGAUGCAUAAAUUAUGAAUUUCAUGGCAGUUGACAA